AUGGAUGAGUCAACAGAAGUGCGAACCGAUGGCAACUCUCUGCUAAAGGCGGUCUGUUUGAGUCGUCUGCGCCUGACUCGGCUGCUCUUGGAGGGAGGGGCCUACAUAAACGAAAGUAAUGAACAUGGCGAGACACCGCUUAUGGUGGCCUGCAAGACACACCAUACAGAUUCACAGAGUGUACCCAAACACAAGAUGGUUCGGUAUCUUCUGGAAAAUGGUGCUGAUCCAAACAUCCAAGACAAGACAGGGAAAACAGCUCUGAUGCAUGCAUGCCUUGAACAAGCUGGAGCUGAAAUACUGUCACUCCUUCUGAGCAGUGGAGCUGAUCCAACUCUGGAGGAUCAUGCAGGCUUAUCAGCACUGGUUUAUGCAGUCAAUUCAGGAAACAGGGAUGUCCUCAGGGUCCUCUUGGAUGCCUGUAAAGCAAAGGGUAAGGAGGUUAUCAUCAUCACCACCAACAAACUGCCAUCUGGCCAUCAUGUUACAAAACAGUAUCUCAAUGUCCCUCCACCCCCUGACCUUGAGGAGCGCCUGCAUUACACCCCAACAACUUGUUGUAUGUCUGCAUAUGAGCUCCAGCUACAAACUCCUCCACAGGGCUCCUCGGCAAGUGCUUCUCCCCAGCCCGGUAGCCCCCUUCUUGGCCUCAGGGAUUUCCAGUGUUUUCGCUCAGGGUCCGGCCAUGUCACAUCUCAACCAGGUUCUCCAAUCCAACAUCCUAGUCCUUUACGUGUUAAUGGAAUGGAUAAGCAACUUAAUCUUCAUAGACUUCACUCAGAGCAGUGGUCCAAAAGUCCUUCCUUGCUGCUCCAGCAGAGCCAGGAUUCCUCUCUGACAGAGGAGCCAGUGGAAGUUACACCUGAGGAGGACUUGUCCUUCAGAGUCUGUAACCUUGUCAGCCGCAGCAGACCUCCUGCUGUUUCACGCAACCACAGUAUCGAUGUCCAAGACACACCAGGGCUUCUGAAAGCACUAGAGACCAUGUCAGGAAAUGAGAAUAGGGGAGGUGGAAGAAGAGCCUUUGGUAGAAAGAUGUCAUAUGACAGCGCUGCAAGUUCACUGCAUUCUGCUUCCCACCCAAACUUGCAUCAUGACAGUCUCCCCUUUCCCCAUGAAUCCAGUCCUGUGGAUGAAGAUUCCGCUGACUGUCUUAGACAACUGAAUGUUUCUAGUCUGCAAAAUGUGGUCCGUCGGCAGAAUAUUGGUAUUAACCACUACAGUUCUGACUCUCAGUUAUCACAGUUUGGCAGCCGAAACAAUAGCUCCAAGAACAGUGGUGGAGCUGGAGUGGGAACAGAAAGGCACAAGCUCAUCAACAUCAGGUCCUCCACUCUGUCAGGAUCCAGGGAGUCCUUGGAGAGCUCUGUCCAGAGACGAGGCGCAGCCUGGCUGGAGCGAAGAGGCUCAGGGGCCCUACUUCUAGAUCACAUUGCCCACACUCGCCCUGGAUACCUUCCUCCUCUGAACCCCCAUGCUCCAAUACCACACAUUGGGGUCUGCUCUAGCUCUUCCUACCCUUUGAGUGGAAGUAGCAAGACACUGAACGGUGUUCUUACAGGGUCAAAGCCUUUUGCCCCUUGUGCACCUGUUUUCCUGAAGAAUAUACAAACCAAGAAAAUGCUGUGGAGACGCCACUCAAUGCAGAGUGAGCAGAUGAAACAGCUCGGCAACUUCGAGGAAACCUUUGGCCGCUAG